AUGGCUUUUAAAGGCAGUAGUUGGCAACGCAGUAUCGGUGGAUCAAGUGGGAUGCCAAUGCCAAUGAGUUAUUCGUCAAACGCCAAUUCAUUAUAUCCUGUUAUGCAUAAUCAAGCAACAUCGUUAAUGGGACCAUCAUAUUCUUCAUCAGCAAAAAGUUUACCGUAUACUGGGACUGUAUCGAAUAUGUAUCGUGAUCAUGGUGUUAUAGACAAUGAAAUUUCGUUCAAAUUGAAUGCAAUUAGUGGUCCUGUACCACAUGUUGGAGAUCGUGUUGUGUGUCAAAUGAAACAUGCUGAAGGCUAUGGUGCACAUAAGUAUAUUGGUUAUGACGUAAGAUCCGUGGAUAAUCGAAGACAAAGUCGAACGACUGCUCCCGUAAGAUCACAAGACACAUAUAUGAAUCGACAGCCUCCACGUAACAGUUCUGGUUCAUCGUCAAUGAAUUCCAGACGUUCAAUAAACAGCCUCAAUACUAAUAAUGCUAUUGACCCAUAUAGCAGUCGAGAUCGAUAUAAUAAUACAUCGUCAACGUCUCAUGCUGAUAGUGGACGACAAACAACAUCGCAUCGUAGUGGUCAUGUAGCCAGUCCAUCUGCUUCAUCCUCACGACGUAGUAGAUCUCGUACAGGAAAAACACUCACACCAAAGCGACGACCACCACCGAAAUACAGUGUUUUAUUGCCAAAAGGACCGCUAGAUUGUUCCGAACUAAAUGUUAUUCAACUACGUUCACGUUAUAGCCGUUUACAUAUUCCAAGUGAUUUUUUUCACGCCUCUUAUAAAUGGCAUGAUUCGAUGCCAAUUGAUCGUCCACUAAAAUUUAUUGUACCAUGUGCAUUUCAUAUAUUUAAUAAAAAUGUUCCUCGUGUUAUCAAAGAUACAGCGGUAUUAGAUCCAGUUGAUGCAGAUUAUACAUGGAGUGUUAGAGUUUUGCUUAUGUCAUCACCUGACAUCCAACAUUUAAUUACACGUGCUUGUUUAGUAGCUGAUAGUUCAUCAUCAAAAACGUCGAAUCCAGAUGAUUUAGAACAUCCCAGUAAAUUAAUUAAAUUUUUAGUUGGAGUUCGACAUCAAAAUGAAUAUUUUUCACUUGGUGGUGCUUGGUCCGAGUCAUUGGAUGGACAAAAUCCAGACAAAGAUCCACAAGUUUUAAUUCGAACAGCAAUCCGUACCGUUCAGGCACAAAGUGGCAUUGACCUAAGCAAAUGCAUUCAGUGGUGCCGAUAUUUGGAAAUAUUAUAUCAUCGUCCAGAAGAAAUACACAAAGGUCGUCUUAUUGAUAGUCGAGUUGAACAUGUUAUUGUAUUUUUACCUGAUCUAUCGACAUGUAUGCCAAACAGUAUGGAAUGGGAAGAAACAUCAAAAUUAUACAAACAAAUAUGUGAUGAAACAAUCAAAGAAGAACUUCAUGAAGAUACAACACCUGAUGAAGAACUUCAAUCACGAACAGCUACGCAUCAUUCAAAAGUGGAUUUAGAUAAUAUGCGAGUCGUUGAUCUCAAAGCUGAAUUAAAAGCUCGUGAUCAACCCGUAACCGGUUUAAAAGCUGAUUUACGUAAGCGUUUGAGCAAACUUAUCCAACAAGAAAAACUUGAGGAAGAAAAAGGUGAAACAACAACAAAAGAGAGUGAAAAAGCAGUAUCACCGCCACCGUCAUCUGGCACCAAAAAAGAAGAACAACAUCGUUCAACAAAAGCUGAAAAAGAACAACAAGUUGAUGUAGAAAAAUUACGUAAAGAAAUUGAAACAAAUUAUCAAUUACCUCCCCAACGCUCAAUACUAAUUCAUCCGACAACUGCUAAAGGUGAUAAGUUUGAUUGUCGUGUUGUAUCAUUACAUUACCUAUUGAAUUAUGCAAAUCAUGAUACAAUAAAAGAAAAAUGUUUUGAAUUGUAUUUAUUUUCCGAAUGUUUUUCUGAAAUGUUAAUGCGUGAUCAUAGUUAUAAAAUUUAUCGAUCAUUAUACGAUUGCCUUGAAGUAAAAGAGGUUACUUCUACAUCCUCUACAACAACUGAUACAACAACAAUUAAACAAGAAGAAACGAAGAUGACAAAUGAUGAAGUAAUUGAAGAACAACAGCCAGUUACUACUGUGGAAACUGAUAAUGGACAAAAUGAAGAUAUUGUAACAGCAAACGAAGAAGAAGAAACUACUACGAAUCAAGAAGCAGAGGAAAACGAACAAGCUGACGAGAGAAAUGUGACGACUGAACAAGAAAAUAUUGAACAAGAAAAUGAAGAACAUAGUGAGCCACAAGAGCCAGAACAACAACAAAUCGAUGAGGAAAAUGAUGAAACUAUUGAAGCAAUAGAGUCUGGGCGAAAACGAAAACGAUCGAAAAGCAAGGAAGAAACUCCAAGAAAGAAAUCUUCGACAUUAGAUGAAAGUAGCACUAAAAAGGAUACACGUUCAGAUUCAAAACGCUCAUCGAAUAAUACAAGUAAACGUGAUAAUACGCGCUCAAGUCGUAGUCAUAGUCGAACAAAACGUGGUAGCGAUGAAUCAAAACAAAAUGUUGUUACACGUCAACAAACUGUCAAACCCGAAUUAUUAUUAUCGUAUACAUAUUUUGAUCGUAAUCGAUGUGGUUAUUUAAGUGAAAAAGAUGUGGAAGAGCUAUUGUUGUUGUCCGGUUUAUCAUUGACAAAAAAUGAGGUCAAAAUGUUGGUCAGUCGUGUUGCUAAAGACGAAAAGAUACAAUAUAGACGUUUAACAGACAAAACAACGACUGGAACAAAAGAAGAACAUGAAGUAACGAGUGUACAAGAGGAAAGUUAUAUUGAUCCAUUAGCACCUAAAGGCAAUUUGUUAUUAUUACCGCAAAAACUAGCUAUAUUUGGUGUACGUCCAGAGUCAACUAAAGAUAAAUCAGCUAUGGAAGACGGCCAUGAUAACAAUAUUUGUAUAAUUGGUGCUGAUCGUGCAUUAAAACAAUUGGAAAUAGCCAAUAAAACACAAACAGCGCUUGAAGCAAAAAUUGAUGUUUUGAAAAAAGAGAUAGUAACAUUAACAAGUGAUUUAAAUUCAUCUGAAAAAAGUAAUCGUCAUUAUAGUGAACAAUUAGCUGAUACGAAAAAACGUCUCCGCGAUACACAACGUGAUUUAAAAGAUGCAGAAGACAAAUAUAAACGUUAUUCGGAUGCCAUUUAUCAUUUGAGAAACGAAGCACGUUCGUCAUUUGAUUAUGCCAGUCAAAUACUAGGCAAAGAUAAACGACACGAUAAUAAUGGAAAAAAGCAAGAUGAUAAUCAAGUAUUAUCUAAUAGAUGUCGUGAUUCAUCAUCAUCAAAAGAUCAAAAUAAAAAGCAUGAAAAAGAUCAAGAAGAUGAAGAAGAAUUUGAUACAAAUAAUGCAGAAGUAAUUAUUAUUGGCGAAGAAGAUCAAGAUCAAGAUCAACAUCAGCAGCCUCAAGAAGAAGAGGUUAAUGGUGAUGAACAAAUGGAAGAAGAAAGUGACGAAGUACAGCAGCUACAAGAUGAUGAACUACAGCAACAACCUCAAUCAGAAGAACAAGAAGAAGAACCACAAAGUGCGAAUGAACAAGACACUGUUUAA